AUGGCACGCCUGGCCCUCCCUGUCUUCCUCGUCCUCAGCUUCUCCUUGCUCCACAUCUGCAACAGCGGUCCGUCUCGCACCAGGAAGGCUGUUUCACCUCGCCAGUCUGGAGCUACAGAGGAGGAGGAUGUGAUGUCACAGCUCCAGAGGUUGUGGCAGGAGGUGAAUUCUCUGAAAGAGAUGCUGGCACUGCAGACAGUGUGUCUCCGGGGCAUCAAAGUUCAUAGAAAGUGUUAUCUUACAAUUGAGGAACCCAAACAUUACCAUGAAGCAAAUGAAGACUGCAUUGCACAAGGUGGAACUCUUGCAACACCGCGGGACAUGUUGGAAAACAAUGAACUGAGAGACUAUGCAAAGAGGAGUGCUCCCGGGUCUAAGGACUUCUGGAUCGGUGUGGCAGACAUAGUGAAAGAAGGCCAGUAUGUUGAUGUCAACAGCCAGCCAGUCCGCUUCUUUAACUGGGAUCGCUCCAAGAAGCAGCCCACAGGAACGAAGAGGGAGAGCUGUGUUGCUCUUUCAGUGGCUGCACAAGGAAAGUGGUAUGAUGAGGUGUGCCGCAGCCUGAAAAAGUACAUCUGCGAAUAUGUCAUUCCCUGAAGCCAGAAGU